ACAAAUUCUGACAGUGAUGUCACAAAUUGAAGACCUGUUGCUAAAUUCGGACAACUCGACAGAGUUUUUCAUUAAUAUAACAAUCGACUCAAAUUCAUCCUCGGGACUUGAUGUUGAAAAACUUUUGGAACUUGUUAAAAAUUACACAACUAAAAAUGAUACUGCGAGCUCAAGCAACGUGGAUGAGAUCUAUACCAAUCCUUACAGUUUUUAUCUUUUAAAAAGGGAGAAUGGAAUAAAUCUAAAUUUGGAAUACAAUCAUUCUUCGUAUUUCAUGACAGCAUGUUAUCUGGUAAUGGCAACAUUUGUGUACUAUGUUCCACGGACAAUUUAUAUUAGGAUUAGCCGAGCAACCAGGGAGCAGCACCUUCCUGGAUUCAUUUUUAUAUGGUACCUUUCCAUUGUUGCAUGUCUAUCUGGACCUAUUCAUUUUGCCGAGUAUCAGGCGGAUCUUUCAAGAUCAUUUUCUAACGAUUCCAACUCAACCGUUGCCAACAUUCAAGACACUUUCUUCACCACAUACAUCACAAGAUCCUUGGCAGCUUCGAUAAAUAGAGUUGUGUCCCCGGCAAUUGGAAUUCUUUGUCUACAACAGAUAACCACACAUUCGGAUUAUGGUAUUCCAUUGCUACACGAGGAACCGGUUCAAGUAAUUUUAUGUGUUGCCAUGACCAUUUUCGUAUUUGGUUAUUCAUUUCUCAGGGAAUACUUUUAUUUUGCAGUGCUUGAUGCCAACAGCCCAAAGUAUCCAGACCGUUUUCAUGUAGACAUGUAUGACAUUAUUGUUCCCCUAAUCACAUCAUUUCUAUUUUAUUUUGCAAGAAAAAAUCUAUCUCGACAAUCCGUGUAUAAUGUGGAAAAGUGUGGACCUAAUGGACCAACUACGCUGGAUAAAGUGUCAAAACCUAUUGUUUUUCAAGCUGCGAUGUUGUUUGCAAUGUUCAUAGCAUUGUUUUCUGUCGCAAGCGAAGAAGAAGAGCUUUGUCUGGAUCCAGAAGUAUAUCUUUUUCCAUAUAGUUACGUGGCAGCUCAAACUCCUGUCGUUCAUUGGAUGCUCUUCCGAUCAUUGCUCCGUACGCGAAAGUCCACUCGUGUCUGCUGUCUGAUGUGCUGCGUUAGUGGAGAGAAAAUCACUCCCGAAGAGGAGGAGGUGGAGGAAGAGGACGUGGAGGCUAAGGGUGAUAAUGACAAGAAUGACAAAAAUAAGAAGAAUAACGAAGAUGCAAAGAAAAAAGAUAAUACACAGAAAGACGCUGAUGAAGAAGAAGAAGAUAAUUCUGAUGAUGAACCAGAGACUCUGGAUGCGAAUAAGAUUGAUAUAAUGAGCCCAAGCCAGACGGAGGAGCUGGUUAUAGCUGAAAGUUCGCAAGAUCCGCAAGAGGUGCGAGUUAUAGUGGUGAAUGAAGAAAAGCAGGACGUGGAGCAACAUGAUACGAUACAAGAGCAUAAGGAAAAUCAAGAGGAAGCAGAAAAUCGAAAGAAGGAAGAAGCCACAGCAUCUACCAAGUGCUCGCCGGUGGGCUCCUCUCGGAUAUUACAUUAA